GAUAUCAAAAAAAAGAUUUAGGAAUUCAUAGCGAUCGCGUUUGGUAUUAUCAGUUUCAGUUUGGUGCGGGCGAAGGCGAGAACUAAAAAGUGCCCCUCGAGGCAUCUGCUGAUGGAAUGAGCGGGAUUAGAUUUACAAUCGUUGGAGAUUCGCAAACGGGUAAAACCAGCUGGCUUUCGGUACUCAAUGGGGAUGGAUUUAAAGAAACCCAUCAAAGUAAGAGAUUGGAACCAUUUACCAAGAAAAUAAUCGUAAAUAAAGGAGAAUAUGAAUUGGAAAUUUGCGAUACUUUAGGAGGUAAACGCAAUUUAGAAGAAAGAAUAAGAAUUUAUAGAAACACCGACAUUUUUAUAAUAUGUUUCGCCAUAAACAACAUGAAUUCAUUCAAAAACGUUCGAACGAAAUGGUACCCAGAAAUUAAAUAUCACAAACCAAACGCCUCAAUAGUUUUAGUAUGUACAAAGUCUGAUUUAAAAAAUAAAAGAAUCCUAGUCGAUGAAAUCCAAGAAUUAAGGAGACACUAUUUUUUCUCGCACGUUGGGUAUUGCUCCGCUCUUUGGAACAUAAACGUCGAGGAAAUUUUCAAAGAUGUUUUAAUUAAGUUAUGCGAGGUUACCACGACAAAAAAACCGUUUUAUCAUUGCUUAUUCGUUCGAUGUAAAAGUAAUUAAACAAAAAAUUUAUUUAUUAAUAAAUAAUUUAAAUUUGUU